ACAUAAAUGCAAUAGGGGUCAGUUUGUACAGUAGUUUCAUGUUUCAAGGAAUUCAUAUAUUUUUUUGUUGAGAUCAUACCAGCUGGAUUACAGAUUCAGUUUCAGUCAGACACGUUUAGUGUUUCCAAAUCCAUGUCUGACAGAACUAGAACCAGAGUUGAUGUUAGAAGGUAAUGAAAUAAGCUCUGCUGUGUUCAUUCAGACAGUUCUCAUAGCCUCACUGCUAGUGGAGACAGACACAAUGCAUUCAACAGACCAAGAGCAACAAUGCUGUUUGAGUGGUUCCGUAUUGUGAUUCAGCCUGCCUCCUCCACAGUAGGUAGUUGGAGUAUAUGCUUGUGUACCAGUGGUGGCUAGUGAAUCAAUGUCACUGCACUGACUGUCAGACGCUACUAGUGCCAGACAUGUUCUUCCAGGAACUGGCCCGCCUGGCCACAUUUCUCUCUAGUGUAGGCUACACAUUUGGGACACAGGGGCUAAGUCCCAAAUGGCACCACAUUCCUUAUGGUGGACUAUUUUUGAGCCAUAGGCCUCUGGUCUCAUAGAGCCCUGGUCAAAUGGAUAAAGGGACUUGUGUGCUAUUUAUGGCUCAUGAGGAACAUUUCCACUAGGCUAGCCCUCAAAUCCUAAUGGGGUGGAGAAGAGUUGAUAGCCUGUAGCCACGGCCAUGGAGGAAAUAUUCAGGACUGGACAGCCCAUACAGUAUAUACAUGGACAGUAUCUGCGGGAAUCAUUUCCUGUGUUUUUGAAAAGGUUCUCCUGAACGUCUGGAUCGACUGAGAAAAGGCAAUCAUGGACAGAUCACUGGACCUCUGAGUGCAAUCUUCCUCUUCCUCUUUCUCCCCCUCCUUCCUCCUCCUCCUCUACCUCCUCCUUCCUCCUCCUCCUCCUCCUCCUUCCUCCUUUUCCUCCUCCUCCUCUUCCCAUUGAAGGUCCCACCUGGUUGCCAGAAAAUCAGUGAGACAGAAAGACAGAUCAACAAGAGGUUACAAAAAAACAGAGGUUCCAGCAAACCACUCUGGUCUUUUAUUUCAUUUGGUAACCAUGACAACCACUCUUUCCCCCUCCUUAUAUGGGCACCUGGUGAACCCCCAAGUCCCCCUGCCAUCAUCGUUGAUGCUUCUGCUGUUGAUACAACUGUUUAGUUGGUGCCCGGCUGCUCCCUCAGGGCCUGAGUCAGACACCUGCUCCACUCUGAUUCAGAGCCGAUUCUUCGGCCACUUCCUGUCCUCCUCCACUUUCCCCACGGCACCCUGCUCCUGGACCCUGCAGAACCCCGACCCGCGCCGCUACACCAUCUUUAUCAAGGUAACCAAACCUACCUCCACAACGGACUGCAUUCCCCGGCAGCUUCGCACAUUCCAGUUUGACUCAUUUCUGGAGACCACGCGCACCUACCUGGGCAUGGAGAGCUUCGACGAGGUGGUCAAGCUGUGUGACUCUUCAUCCCCUGUGGCCUUUCUGGAGGCUGGGAAACAGUUCCUACAAAUGAGGAAAGGGCCGCCCCGGGCCGGCGUGACGGUCACCACCCCUAACGCUAGCGAAGAUGGGGAAUUUAAGACAGAGUACCUGGUGGUGGGGAAGCGUAACCCCAGCAUGGCAGCGUGUCAGAUGCUGUGCCAGUGGCUGGAGGACUGCCUGGCAUCCAGCACCUCUAACAGGCCCUGUGGCAUCAUGCAGACCCCCUGCCAGUGCUGGGAGCCCCCUCCUCCUCCACAGCUCAGCGAGGGGGAUGGAUGCUACAGGAACGGGUUCUACCUGGAGAACUGCCUUCCCAGCUCCAAUGAGAAGAGUGAUACUGACAGCAACGGUGGCUGGAGUGUGUGGGCGGAGUGGAAGGAGUGCAGCAGUGACUGUGGUGGUGGCGUUCAGACCCGGAGCCGUACCUGUCAAUCUCCCCCGGAGGAGAUGUGUGAGGGAGUAGUGGAGGAGGGAAGGCCCUGUAACCCUCAGCCCUGCAGUGGCAAAGGCCGUCAUCUCUCUCGCAGCCAAUCACUUCGCUCCGUGGACAGCCGCAAGCGCGAUGGCGGCGGUGGCGAGGUAGACAAGACGCGGGGCGGUGGCGGCGGACAGCAGGCCCCACAGACAGUGGACCAGGCUGCGUCAGGUGAGGAGUGGUCGUCGUGGAGUGUGUGUUCGGCCACGUGCGGUGAGGGCUGGCAGAGCCGCACGCGUUUCUGUGUCUCCUCCUCCUACAGCACCCAGUGCAGCGGCACGCUCCGAGAGCAGAGGCCCUGCAACAACUCUGCCGUCUGUCCAGCCGCUCUGAUUGCAGUGCACGGGACUUGGGACGAGUGGUCGCCAUGGAGCUUGUGUUCGUCAACCUGCGGCCGUGGUUACCGGGAUCGCACACGAAGCUGCAAGCCCCCUCAGUUUGGGGGAGACCCCUGUAUGGGGCCGGAGAAACAGACCAAGUUCUGCAACAUCGCUGUCUGCCCAGUUGAUGGAGUGUGGAAUGAGUGGGCUAAUUGGGGUUCAUGCUCUGCGUCCUGCUCCAACGGGACCAUGCAGCGCAUCAGGGAGUGUAACGGACCUUCGUACGGAGGAUCAGAGUGUCGAGGGGAGUGGAUAGAGACCAGAGACUGCUUCCUACGGGACUGCCCAGUGGAGGGGAAGUGGCAUCCUUGGACGUCGUGGGUGGGCUGCACCAAGACAUGUGGCGGGGGGAGCCAACAGAGACAGAGGAUUUGCUAUGGGCCCUUCUUUGGGGGUGAAAAUUGUCCUGGAGAUCGGGAGGAGGUGCGACGCUGCAAUGAGAAGCGGUGUCCAGAGCCUCAUGAGAUCUGUGCAGAAGAGAACUUCUCCAACGUAGUGUGGAAAAUGACUCCAGCAGGGGACACAGCGGCCGUACGCUGCCCUCCCAAUGCCAAUGGGCUGAUCCUGAGGCGGUGCACCCUGGAUGAUGAGGGAAUAGCCUACUGGGAGAACCCCACUUAUAUGAAGUGUAUCUCCAAUGACUACCGCAGCAUCCAAACACUGACUCGGGAACACCUGUCCAAGGCCCAGCGGGGGCUUGUGGGGGAUGGAGUUUCAGAGGUGAUGACCAAGCUCAGGGUGACGUCCAGCGAUGGGACCAGCUACAGUGGAGACUUGCUGGCCAUAGUGGACGUACUGAAGAACAUGACAGAGAUCUUCAGAAGGGCCUACAACAGCCCCAGCAAUGCAGACAUGAGAAACUUUGUCCAGUCAGUCAGUAACCUGCUGAUGGAGGAGAACAGAGAGAGAUGGGAAGAAGCACAACUGUUGGGUCCUAACAUCAAGGAGCUGUUCCGGUUGGUGGAAGACUUUGUGGACGUCUACGGUCUUAGGAUGAAAGACUUCCAGGACAUGGUUGAGGUCACCGAUAACUUAGUUCUGUCCAUCCACAAGCGUCCGGUGGCGGGUAACGCAGACAUCAGCUUCCCUAUGAAGGGCUGGAAGGGGAUGAUGGACUGGGCCCGCAACUCUGAGGACAGAGUUACUGUCUCCAAGAACAUCCUCUCCACAGGCAAGCCAGAUGCAGAUGACUUGUCAGCGUUUGUCACCGGAAUCGUUCUCUACAGAAACCUGGGUAGCAUCCUAUCUUUACAGAGAAACAGCACCGUGCUCAACUCCAAGGUGGUGUCUGUGACCAUCAAGCCCACCCCAGGAUCCCUCUCUACCCCGGUGGAGGUCCAGUUCUCACACCUUUACAACGGCACCACAAACCAGACCUGCAUCUCCUGGGACGAGAGUGACACCUCAUCGCUGCUCGGAUCGUGGUCUGCCAGGGGCUGCAGAGCCGUGCCUAUCGACUCAUUCAGCACCAAAUGCGUGUGUGACAGACUCUCUACCUUCGCCAUUUUAGCACGGCUAAAUCCUGACAUGAACAUGGAUAAAAUGCAGCUUCCCUCUGUGACGCUGAUGGUGGGCUGUGGAGUCUCCUCUCUCACCUUGCUGCUCCUCAUCAUCAUCUAUGUGUCGGUCUGGAGGUACAUUCGCUCCGAGCGCUCCGUCAUCCUCAUCAACUUCUGCCUCUCCAUCAUCUCCUCCAACGCCCUCAUCCUCAUUGGUCAGACGCAGACACGGAACAAGGUGAUCUGCACGCUGGUCGCUGCUUUCCUGCAUUUCUUCUUCCUGUCGUCGUUCUGUUGGGUUCUGACAGAGGCGUGGCAGUCAUACAUGGCCGUGACUGGCCGGCUUAGGAACCGCAUCAUCCGCAAGCGAUUUCUGUGUCUGGGCUGGGGUCUACCUGCUCUGGUUGUGGCAGUCUCUGUGGGUUUCACCAAAGCUAAGGGAUAUGGCACCGUCAACUACUGCUGGCUGUCUCUGGAAGGUGGUCUGCUUUAUGCGUUUGUGGGACCGGCUGCCGCUGUAGUCUUGGUUAACAUGGUUAUCGGGAUUCUCGUAUUUAACAAACUGGUGUCCAAAGACGGCAUUACUGAUAUGAAACUGAAGGAGAGGGCAGGUCAGAUGACAGUACCACUGUACAAUAUGACGCUCAAAUGUGCCAAGUGCGGAGUUAUCUCGUCGGCUGACGUUUCUACCACAGCUACCAGUAACGCCAUGGCGUCGCUGUGGAGCUCCUGUGUGGUUCUGCCUCUCCUGGCCCUCACCUGGAUGUCUGCUGUCCUGGCCAUCACCGACCGGCGCUCCUCCCUCUUCCAGAUCUUGUUCGCUGUGUUUGAUUCGCUGGAAGGCUUCGUCAUCGUCAUGGUGCACUGCAUCCUGCGCAGAGAGGUUCAAGAGGCAGUGAAGUGUCGGGUAGUGGACCGCCAGGAGGACGGGAAUGGAGACUCAGGGGGAUCUUUCCAGAACGGACACGCUCAGCUUAUGACUGAUUUCGAGAAAGACGUCGACAUGGCUUGCAGAGGAGGUAAGAGUACCGGCAAAAAAAAGAGUACUCUGAAGCGUUCCUCUCUCCAGGGUGAUGAGAAGCCAUCCUCCCAGCCCCUGACCCUUCAGAAGGGCUCUAACUUCAACACCAUGCCUGCCAGCAUGGCCAAGGUCCACCUCCAGAAUGUGGCAGACUACCCCAGUCAUACUCUCACCCUGCGCAGGGAGAAGGGUGGCGCCACCAAGGGCAUCAGCACCGAGCUGCCGGGAGCCAAGUCCAUCUACAUCUGUGACGGGGAGCUCUUUAAACAGCUGGAUGGGGAGCUGUCUCCACGGGAGACAGGGGAGGCCGGGGGGCCUGAGGGCACAGGGUACAUCAUCCUGCCUAACAACAACAACACUGGCACCCUGGGGCGGCCCGGAAAGGGCAGCAAGGAGGACACGACGGCCAAGUACAACAUCAGCAUUGAGCAGCAGAUGCCCCAGACCAGGCUCAUCCACCUGGCCAACUCGGCGGGGGUGGAGGGCGUCCCGGGUUUCACGCUGAAGAGCCUGCCUGCAGACCUGGUCAGUGUCUCCUGCUCGGAGAGGGAGUCGCCCGUCCACAACAUGCAGAACGUCUCCGGAGAAUCCCACAUGACCAACAGCAUGUGUGAACAGGGUGAUUCUGGGAACUCUGGAAUGAUGUCCAAGAGCGAGACCGUGUCCACGCUCUCCAUGAGCUCCCUGGAGAGACGAAAAUCCCGCUACGCGGAGCUGGAUUUUGAGAAGAUCAUGCACACACGGAAGCGUCACCAGGACAUGUUCCAGGACCUGAACAGGAAGAUCCACAGUGCAGACCAGGACAGGGCGUCUCCGCCUGGCGAUGGGAAGGCAGGGAAGAGGUGGAGUGUGUCCUCAGCAGGCAGCGACAAGACCAACAUGAGCGACAAGCAGCAGACACCCAGUAAGAGAGCCUGGGAGGGCAUCAGGAAGACCCAAUCUCCCCCGUCGUGGAUGAGGAAGGACCUGGAGCCCUUGGCGGCCUCUCCCCUGGAGCUGCAGAACGUGGAGUGGGAGAAGGCCAGCGCCACCAUCCCUCUGGUGGGACAGGAGCUCAUGGACCUGCAGACAGAGGUGUGAGACUGAGACAGAGAGACAGACGGAGAGAGAGACAGAGAGCAGCCAACCCCGUCCCCCAGCCCAGCUCUCAGACAGACAGACUUCGUCCCUUCUCGCAGCUCCACAUCUCAAUCUGGGAACCAACGACCAACGAUCAAUGACCAACGGGCAGUGGUGAUAGAGAGAGAGAGAGAGAGAGAGAGAGAGAGAGGGAGAGAGAGGGAGAGAGAGGGAGAGAGAGGGAGAGAGAGAGAGAGAGAGAGAGAAAAAAGAUAGUUAGGGGGAGAGUGAACCUAUGUUUCCCAUGCCAAUAAAGCCCUUUGAAUUGAAUUGAGUGUGUGUGAGAGAGAGAGACAGAGAGAGAGAGAGAG